AGUAAUCACAGGUCACAGCGGUACUUUGUAAUAUGUGGUAGCAAUUAGCAUGCACAUAGAAUGUAUACCUACCUACCAAAAUGCCUAAAGAACAGUAUAAGGAAGCGGAUGUUACCAAAAGGAUCUCACACUUAACCUUUGGAAUCGAAAGCGCUGGAAGUAUGCAACAGCAAGCCCACAUUCACGUAGUUGCGAAAAGUCUUUAUAAUCAGGAUCUUGGUAGAACUCCUAUCAGUUAUGGAGUACUGGAUAGGAGACUGGGCACCAAUUCGAAAGAGUCACCAUGCCAAACUUGUGGAAAAAACAUCAACGGAUGUGGAGGCCAUUUCGGCUAUAUAGAUUUGCAGAUGCCCAUAUUUCACGUUGGCUACUUCAGAAGCAUUAUUUCCAUAUUGCAAACAAUAUGUAAGAAAUGUUCAUCUGUAUUAUUACCGAAGGACGAAAAAAUGCCGUACAGAAUGAAACUGAGCAAUCCGCGUCUCAGCUACAUGACUAGAAAAAUAAUCAGGAAAAAGAUCGUUGAGAAAUGCAAGAAAGUCUCCAAAUGUCCUCACUGCAAAGCGGUUAACGGAAUUGUCAAAAAAAUGACCGCCGCUAAAGGCAGCACCUCUAACACAACGCUUAAAAUCGUACAUGAUGUUGACUACCGGGAAAAGGACAAGGAGAAACUAAGGGAGAAACUCUUAGAGGAAUUUAAAGACGCUAUUAAAAACAACCCGGACAUUAAAUCGGCGCUGGGCAACGGCAUUGACCGCGUUUUAACGCCCAUCGAUGUACUCCAGCUGUUUAUGAUGAUUCCAACGAGUGAUAUUGUCCUAUUGGGAAUGGAUCCAAAAAAGGCUCAUCCCAAAGACUUGCUGCUAACACGAAUGUUAGUACCUCCAGUCUCCAUCAGACCAUCCGUGGUUUCAGAUGUAAAAGCUGGAACCAACGAGGAUGAUUUAACAAUAAAACAAUCAGAAAUUGUGUUUCUCAACGACGUGAUCGAGAAACACAGAUCAUCUGGAGCUUCGUUUAAUAUGUACCAAGAAGGAUGGGACUUUUUGCAGCUCCAAUCUGCUCUCUAUAUUAACAGUGAACUUUCUGGAGUUCCUUUGCACAUGAUGCCAAAGAAACCGGGUAGAGGCCUGGUACAACGUUUAAAAGGCAAGCAGGGCAGAUUCAGAGGCAAUCUGUCUGGAAAAAGGGUGGAUUUUUCAUCGAGAACCGUUAUUUCUCCUGAUCCGAACUUAGAAAUCGACCAAGUGGGUGUUCCAAGGCACGUUGCCAUGAUACUCACGUUUCCUGAAAGGGUGAUUCGAGCCAACAUUGACAUGCUGAGGAAUCUCAUAAUGAAUGGUCCAGAUCGGUGGCCCGGAGCCAACUAUGUGCAACAAAAAGGCUCGGAGUUCAAAAAGUUUCUCAGAUAUGGAAACAAAGAAAAGUUGGCCCAAGAGCUGAAGUUGGGCGAUAUCGUUGAAAGACACCUGCACGAUGAUGAUAUAGUCCUGUUCAAUCGACAGCCUAGUUUACAUAAACUAUCAAUUAUGGCUCAUAGAGUCAAAGUGCACAACCACAGGACUUUUCGAUUCAACGAAUGUGUUUGCAACCCUUACAAUGCCGAUUUUGAUGGUGAUGAAAUGAAUCUUCACUUACCGCAGACUGAGGAAGCCAAGGCUGAAGCUCUAAUCCUCAUGGGGAACAAAAGUAAUUUGGUGACGCCUAGAAAUGGAGAACUGCUGAUUGCAGCCACUCAAGAUUUUCUCACGGGCGCUUAUCUUCUAAGCAAAAAAGAUACAUUCUUUGACCGCUCACAUGCUUUUCAACUAGCAGCAAAUUUAUUGGCUGGCUCCGACACGCAUAUGGACAUCGAUCUACCGCCUCCUUGUAUUAUAAAGCCGAAAACGCUCUGGUCUGGUAAGCAGAUUAUUUCGCUGAUAUUUAAACCCAAUAAGAAAUGCCACAUUCUGGCCAAUAUGGAAGCCAAAGGAAAAUCGUAUACAAAGAACAAGGAAAUGUGUGUAAAGGACUCGUAUGUGUUGAUCAGAAACUCUCAGCUAUUAGCAGGAACUUUAGAUAAGGGUCACUUGGGCAGUGGCGGAAAAGGUGGAAACAUAUUUUAUGUAAUUCUCAGGGACUUUGGACAGGAGUUUGCCAUUAAAUCCAUGUGGAGACUUUCACGAAUGACAUCAAACUAUUUAAUGAACACUGGAUUUUCUAUUGGCAUUGGCGACGUAACUCCUAGCGAGGCGUUAAUUAAGCGCAAAAACCAUUUGCUUAAAACUGGCUAUCAAAAAUGCGACGAAUACAUAACGCAAAUGGAACAGCGAAAAUUAGAGUGCCAACCUGGCUGUACAGCCGAAGAGACUUUAGAGGCGAUGAUGUUAAAGGAACUUUCCGUCAUUCGAGACCAUGCGGGUCAGGCGUGUCUAGCUGAACUGCCUUCGACUAACAGUCCCCUCGUAAUGGCUUUGUCAGGAUCGAAAGGUUCUUUGAUUAAUAUUUCCCAAAUGAUUGCGUGCGUCGGACAACAGGCAUUGAACGGGAAAAGAGUGCCGGAUGGAUUUGAAGAUCGAUCGCUGCCUCAUUUUGAUCAUCAUUCGAAAACUCCCUACGCCAAAGGAUUUGUAGAAAAUAGCUUUUUCAGCGGCCUCACUCCGACUGAGUUCUUUUUCCAUACCAUGGGUGGACGAGAGGGUUUGGUAGAUACCGCAGUCAAAACCGCUGAAACUGGUUACAUGCAACGACGGCUCAUCAAGGUGCUGGAAGACUUGGUAGUACAUUACGACGGAUCAGUAAGAAAUGCCGAUGGCGGUAUUGUGCAAUUGGCCUACGGAUGUGAUGGAUUAGAUCCAAUCUACAUGGAAGGAAAAGACUGUCCCGUCGAUUUUGACCGGGUUUUGGCACACAUAAAGGCCAAAUGCCCUUACAGGAAUGAAGUGCCGUUGAAUGGAGGUCAGAUUAUUCGAGCGACCAAAGCAUUUCUAGAUACUGGUGCUUUAAAUGAGUGCAGCCAAGAUUUUAAAAAUGAAUUGAGCAAAUUUAUGAACUUAAUCGCCGACAAAGUUGAGAGAAUUUUGACUCGUUUCGGUUACACCAGUGUAGUGAAAGAAAUCGAAAGAUUAACAUGCAGUCAACUUGUAACGUUUCUAGAAACAUGUGGACAGAAAUAUACAAAAUCAAUUAUUGAACCUGGCACUGCUGUGGGCGCUUUAGCUGCUCAGAGUAUUGGCGAACCUGGCACCCAGAUGACUCUUAAAACUUUCCACUUUGCUGGUGUUGCCAGCAUGAAUAUUACUCAAGGAGUACCCAGAAUAAAAGAAAUCAUCAACGCCACGAAGACCAUUAGUACGCCCAUAAUAAAUGCCUGUCUGGUCAACGACAAAGAUGACUCGUUUGCCAGAGUUGUAAAAGCGAGACUAGAACGAACUACUUUAGGAGAUAUUUCCGAAUUCAUUGAGGAAGUUUACACAGAAACCAACGCAUUUUUGCUCAUCAAACUGAACCAUGAGAGGAUCGUCUCGCUUAAGUUGGAAUUAAGCCCGGAGUUAAUCCGUUACUGCAUAUUGACCGACAGCAAACUCAAAAUGAAACAUUGCGAAGUUCGCAUAGAGUACCCCACCAUAUUAACGAUUCACCCAAGUACGGGCACGUACGCUGGUCGGCUAAACUUCGCCGUUAGCGAGUUGAAGGCCGAAGUUUCAAAAGUUGUAAUAAAGGGAUUACCAUCCGUAAAUAGAGCUGUAAUUGCCAAAGAAGAAAAGGGCGGGGAAACCACCUAUCAAUUGUGUGUCGAGGGCAACAAUUUUAGGGAAGUAAUGGCUACUUACGGCAUUGAUGGGACGAAAACGGUGUCAAAUAAUGUUGUUGAAGUAUAUAACACUCUUGGUAUUGAAGCAGCCAGGGAAACCAUAAUGACGGAGAUCAAAAUGGUGAUGGAAAAUCACGGAAUGAGUGUCGAUUACCGGCACAUUAUGCUGCUUUCUGCCCAGAUGACGCACACUGGUGAGGUUCUCGGCGUCACAAGGCAAGGGUUGUCGAAAAUGAAGCAAUCUGUUUUGAACUUGGCCUCGUUUGAGAAUACCGCAGAUCACUUAUUCGACGCCGCGUAUUAUGGGCAAACUGACCAAAUCAGUGGAGUAUCAGAAAAUAUUAUCAUGGGUAUGCCAGCACCGAUCGGAACCGGACUAUUCAAGUUGCUGAAUAAGCCCCAAGAUGUGGAUAUGAAUCCAGAAACAAAACCGCUGCUGUUUGAAAGUGUACUGACUAAAUAAUAGUAUUCAGUUUCCAUUAAAAGUUUUAAUAAGA